UUACUAACCAAUGUUUUGUAUCGGUCAUGUUGUGAUGUCUUGGCCAGGAAGGUCAAGGUGAACUUCACAGGGCGGAGUCACGUUUUCAUAGAUGGAAGACUAAUAUACUUAACCUCCUUCCUCAAGCUCUUCACAUUUUUGAUAACUGCCCUCGAAAUGCCAUUCAUUCACUCACCUAUUCACUCAUUGCAAAUGAACGCAUUCCAAUUAACCGACAGGCUGGAUACGGAAAAAAAUUGAUACAAAGAAAACCGCGGGUGUCAGCGACUUUCACUGACUUUUCAAGCAGCGCGACAUGUAACCAGGAAACCCACGGAACAGUCGAAAGGCACUAAAUAUUGUAUAUCAGGCAGUGGCCCGAUCAACAAAGGAGGCCAGAUUAAAGCACGUUAAUAUCGAUUGGAAAUCAGGUCGCUAACAUAGCAAUUGGCAGCUUUCUAAAGUUGACCAUGAUGUGUAUUGUACGUUAGGAUAUUGUGAAGUUUCUUGUUAUGGUGUGAGGAAUAUGUUUGUCUGAGAGAGUCCCGUUUGUGAAAAUGUCAAAGCCAGUCGGACACGGUGAUGUGGUUGUUGAGGAGAGUGAGAAAGCAGACGACACCCCCAGCGAGGAUUCUUCCACUAUGAAGUGGAAGGUGAUCUUGGUUCUGGUGAUUGUCGAAGCCAUCUAUGUCGGUGUGGGAGGCGUCAUUUUCCACUUUAUCGAGGAACCGAAUGAAACCGCCGUCAGGUCCAACUCGAUCACUCUCUCAACUGAUUUUCUAAGGAACUACAGCUGUAUUAAACCAGCUGAAAUGGAGGCGUUCGUCAAGGCGGUCAUCAUUGCUUACGACCAAGGUGUGCUUACCGGCAAUACGACCAGCUCACAGACCAACUGGGACUACGCCAGUGCCAUCUUCUUCUCAAGCACUGUCGUUACGACAAUCGGCUAUGGUCACAUCUCACCAUCAACGGGAGGAGGCCGCGCCUUCUGUUCAGUUUACGCUCUCAUCGGAAUUCCGAUAAAUCUCAUCCUUCUCGCAGCACUCGGCGGGAAAAUGGCAAAAGCCGGUGAAAAACUAAGACAUUUAAAAUCACUGAAGGACAAACCAAGAGCUUGUAUGACUGUUCGGUUGCUUGUCUGUUUUGGUGUUGGCUUCAUAUUUUUUGUAUUUAUCCCGUCCGCCAUAUUUGUGGCGACUGAAGGCUGGACUUAUGGAGAGGCAGUGUACUAUUCAGUCAUCACAUUGACCACGGUGGGAUUUGGAGAUUUUGUAGCAGGUCUGGACUACUCUGGUAAUUUGCGAGGUCUUUACCGCAUAUCGAUAAGCUUUUGGAUCGUGAUUGGCCUGGCCUGGGUGGGCUGGCUGAUCGGCGAUGCCCAGGAGUUCGGCACGACCGUCAUAUCAAAGAUAGCGUCCAAGGAAAGCCAAAAAAGCGAGAAAGACGAGGAGAAGCGGAACGGUGAUGAUAAUAGGAACCUUGAGGAUCAUAAACGGGGUAAAACGAAUGAGGUGAUGAUGUCCUCUGUGGAUGACGCCUGAGUGAGGAAAGAUUUCAACCGGAUUUCGUCAAUAUUCAGGACUUCUGUCAGUGGUCCACGAAGAGGGACUUGAGACACUAUCAAAGCAGGCAAGCAGGGUAUAUAAUUCAGUGAAUAUAGACGGCAGUUUCAUGUCUAAUACGGCAUCGCCACAAGUGUAAAGUAUGGGGAAGUGUCGUCUGCUACAUAACAGCCUUAUGAAAUAGUUGGAGCAACGUGAUGAACCUUUGAUUCAAAAGGAGGCGCAACAGGUGGCAACCAAAACGGAACUGUGCUAAGCCGUCUGUCCCGUACAGUGAGGCCAUAUCAAAGAAGCGGGGGCGACGUCCUUGGAGGUUCUCCCGAGUGUAGACUUGCUAGGGGAGUGCCCGAAAGCGCCAUGGGUUACUCCAGUUCCCCACUCAUUCCUGUUGAAUGCAAACCCGUCUGCUGGAUGUGAUGAGUGGGUCUGGCGCGGACCAGUCCAUCCGCAGCCGAUCUAAUUAUGCAAUGUUUUGAGGCGGCGCUGGAUGUCUUGCGCAAGUGUUUUCAAUCUAUAACAUUCCCAUUGGUGAAAACGGUUCAGGUUUACAGCCGUCAUUAGCGACCAUCCGUAGCCGAUCUAAUUAUGCAAUGUUUGGAGGCGGCGCUGGAUGUCUUGCGCAAGUGUUUUCAAUCUAUAACAUUCCCAUUGGUGAAAACGGUUCAGGUUCACAGCCGUCAUUAGCGACCAUCCGUAGACGACUGUUAUCAUGAUCGCAGUUAUCCAAGGAUAAUUGGUUUGUUUGUGAUGAUACUCGUGCCAUUAUUCAAUCCAAUUUGUUGUAUCGAUUAUAAGACCGUAUAAAUUUGUGGUUGUAUCUACGUAGCUCAGCUUUCAAUAAUAGGUUCAUGAUGUAUUAUCGCGUUUCAAUACAUUUUCAAUAAAUGAUU